UUCUAAAGAAAGAGAGUGAGACAGAGAGAGCGAACGUGCUGUGUGUGCAUAUUAAAGAAAGCGCGAGGAGAGAGAGCGAGGGAGCGCGUGAGUGUGAGCGCGCGCGUGUGUGAAAAAGGAAGCGGAGUCUGUAAACGCCGAACUCACUGAUUUUCUACCUUCCACAAACUCAAGCUUUCGGAGUUAUCGCAAGGCGAAAAGGAAGAGGGGGAACCGCAUGCGUUCAGAAAACAAGUCCCCGGGCGGUCCGAAUGCGAAUAAAUUAGUAAAGCGAGGUCGUCUUUUGUUGAGGCAUUUGCCCCGCUUCUCCUCUGUAUGGACAGCGGCUCUCUCAGGAUAAAGUAUCUGCGUGAUAGUGCUCAGCCCUUGGCUUCUUGGAUUUUGGCCCAGGCCGAGAAGUUCGGCAGGGUCAUUUUCAACGAACAGACGUGGAAUUGUGUUUGAAGUUGUUUGCAGCAGCCCGAUAGGAACUUAGAUCAUCAUACUGGCGGCUCUUCUGAAACACUGGGGUUGUUGGUGUGGCCAAAUUUUCCCUGGAUUUGAUUGGUAAAUUCAGAAGACUGAAGCCCAGGCUCACAGUCUACCUUUCACGGAGGCCCAGCCGUGAGAGGACAGAAGAAGGCACGUGGCGAAUCAUGACUGCCGACAAAGAGAAAGACAAGGAGAGGGAGCGCGACCGGGACAGGGACAGAGAACGUGAAAAGCGUGACAAAACACGUGAAAGUGAGAGUUCGCGGCCUCGGCGCAGUUGCACACUAGAGGGCGGAGCUAAGAACUAUGCAGAGAGCGAACACAGUGAAGACGACGACAAUGAGACGCCUGGGGCCACCACUGCCGAGGAGGCCACCAAAAAGAGCAAAAAAAAGCUGCCCAAGAGGAAGUCGCGCUAUGAGCGAACGGAGAACGGCGAGAUCACUUCCUUCAUUACGGAGGAUGAUAUUGUUUACAGACCUGGCGAUUGUGUGUACAUAGAGAGCCGACGGCCGAACACACCCUACUUCAUCUGUAGCAUUCAGGACUUCAAGCUGAGUAAACGGGACCAUCUGUUAAUGAAUGUGAAAUGGUACUACCGUCAAUCUGAGGUACCUGACUCUGUCUACCAGCACCUGGUGCAGGACCGCAACAAUGAGAACGACUCUGGUCGCGAGCUUGUUAUUACUGAUCCUGUGGUUAAGAGCAGAGAGCUCUUCAUCUCAGACUAUGUGGACACCUAUCAUGCUGCUGCCCUCAGGGGGAAAUGUAACAUUUCACACUUUUCUGACAUAUUUGCUGCCAGGGAGUUCAAAGCACGAAUCGACUCUUUCUUCUACAUCUUAGGAUAUAACCCAGAAACCAGGCGAUUAAACAGUACACAAGGGGAGAUUCGAGUCGGUCCCAGUCACCAGGCCAGGCUGCCAGAGCUCCAGCCCUUUCCCUCUCCUGGAGGUCAGACCGUGACAGAGAAUGAGGAGCUGGUCUGGAUGCCUGGGGUCAACGACUGUGACCUGCUCAUGUACCUGCGGGCAGCCAGGAGCAUGGCAGCGUUUGCAGGGAUGUGUGAUGGGGGGUCAACAGAGGACGGCUGCCUCGCCGCCUCACGAGAUGACACUACACUUAACGCAUUAAACACUCUUCAUGAGAGCAGCUAUGAUGCCGGGAAAGCCCUGCAGCGGCUGGUGAAGAAACCAGUCCCCAAGCUGAUUGAGAAGUGCUGGUCAGAGGAUGAAGUGAAACGGUUCAUAAAAGGUUUAAGGCAGUACGGGAAAAACUUUUUUAGGAUUCGGAAAGAAUUGCUCCCUAACAAGGAGACGGGGGAGUUGAUCACCUUUUACUAUUAUUGGAAGAAAACCCCGGAGGCUGCUAGUUGCAGAGCCCACCGCAGGCACCGCAGACAACCCGUCUUCCGUCGGAUCAAGACCCGCACCGCCUCCACUCCCGUCAACACUCCCUCCCGCCCACCUUCCAGCGAGUUCUUGGACUUGAGUUCAGCCAGCGAAGAUGACUUUGACAGUGAAGACAGCGAGCAGGAACUGAAGGGCUACGCCUGCCGUCACUGUUUCACUACCAUUGGCAUUCAUGUCGCUCUCACUUCUGAUACGAAAACAUCCUCAGCACAGAUGACCUCCAAGGACUGGCACCACGGGGGUCGCGAAAACAUCCUGCUGUGCACCGACUGCCGGAUCCAUUUUAAGAAGUACGGCGAACUACCCCCUAUUGAGAAGCCUGUAGACCCGCCACCGUUUAUGUUCAAACCUGUCAAAGAGGAAGACGAUGGACUCAGUGGGAAGCAUAGCAUGAGGACUCGACGGAAUCGCGGCUCAAUGUCAACGCUACGAAGUGGCCGCAAGAAGCAAACUGCCAGCCCAGAUGGCAGAGCCUCACCAAACAAUGAGGAUCUGCGGUCCAGCGGCCGAACCUCACCCAGUGCGGCCAGCACUUCCAGCACUGACAGCAAGAUUGACUCGAUGAAGAAACCCAGCAAGAAAACAAAGGAAGAGGCGCAAUCGCCUAUGAAGAGUGCCAAACGUCAGAGAGAGAAAGGAGCCUCGGAUACAGAGGAGUCCGAGAGAGCAAGCGCCAAGAAGUCUAAAACGCAGGAACGGCCGGACUCGCCCUCAGAGUGUGAGGGAGAGGGCGAGGGUGAGAGCUCGGAUGGUCGCAGCGUAAAUGACGAGGGCAGCAGCGAUCCCAAGGAUAUUGACCAGGACAACCGCAGCUCCUCUCCCAGCAUCCCCAGCCCGCGUGACAAUGAGAGUGACUCCGACUCCUCGGCGCAGCAGCAGAUCCCCCAGGGCCAGCACCCUCCGGUCAUUCAAUGUCAGACAGGGGCUUUACCCCCGGCCCCUCCUUCUGCUGUAGCAGCCUCCACACCACCCACCUCAGGCGCACCUUCGCUGUCUUCUCAGCCGUCCCCAUCCAUCCCCUCUACCUCCAUGCCUCCUCAGCAGAUACCUCCAGCAGGUCCCCUGUCUCUUAUCCAGUCAGGAGCGCAGAGGCUGCCCUCACCUCAUUCCCCACUGCAAGGCCUGCCUCAACCGCCUCCACCCUCUCAAACCGGCCCUCAGUCCCUGCAGCCUCCACUACAUGGCCCCAUGCCGCCCAUGGGCCACCCUCUGCAGGCAGGGCCAUCACACAUGCCUCACCCUCACGCUUUACCCGCUCAGUCUUUCCCAAUGGGUCAGUCUCAGGUCCCCCCUUCUGCUCUCACCGGUCAGGUCCAAGCCACCUCCCUGUCUCAGCAACAGCGACCUCAUACCCCUCCAUCCCAGUCGCAGUCCUCCUCGCAGAGCGGCAGCCAGCCUCCCAGAGAGCAGCCUCUUCCGCCCGCACCAUUGCCUAUGCCCCACAUCAAACCUCCACCAACCACCCCUAUCCCACAAAUGCCAAACCCUCAAUCACACAAGCAUCCCAGCCACCCCCCAUUCCCGCAGAUGCCUUCCAACUUGCCCCCUCCCCCCGCCUUGAAGCCCCUCAGCUCUCUAUCCACACAUCACCCUCCCUCCGCCCAUCCGCCACCACUUCAGCUCAUGUCUCAAAACCAGCAGCUCCAGCCUCCACCAGUGCAACCUCCAGUGCUAACCCAGUCCCAAAACCUUCCGGCGACAGGAAGUCAAGCUCCACCGCCGGCACCUCCGCUCCCUUCCUCUUCCUCUGCCUCGCACUCAACGCCUUCUCAGCCCCCGUUCCCUCCUCAUGCCUUCAUGCCAGGCAGCUCGCCCGUCCUGUCACCCUCUGUUGUUUCCUCCUCUGCAGCGAGCUCAAUGGCUACGCUGCAGCAGCCACCCUCCUCCGUAUCCAUGCCCCUGCCUGCAUCAGUCACUGCACCCUGUCCGGGACCCUCCACUGUGCCACCUGUACAAAUUAAAGAAGAGCCUCUGGAUGAGGCAGAGGAGCCAGAGAGUCCUCCACCACCACAGAGGAGCCCUUCACCUCCACCCACUGUCGUCAACACUCCCAGUCACGCCAGCCAAUCUGCACGGUUCUACAAGCAUCUGGACAGAGGUUACAACACAUGUGCCAGAACAGACUUCUACUUCACACCACUGGCCUCGUCAAAACUGGCAAAGAAGCGGGAGGAGGCACUGGAGAAGGCCAAGAGGGAAGCGGAGCAGAAAGCACGAGAAGAGAAAGAAAAGGAGAGGGAACGAGAAAAAGAAAGAGAGCGGGAACGGGAGAGAGAGAAGGAGGCUGAGAGAGCUGCUAAAGCUUCCAGUUCUUCUCAUGAGUGUCGAAUGGGUGAACCCCAGAUGGUGGGAUCAGCUCAUAUGCGGACAUCUUUUGAUCCACCACCCACCACCAUCGCCACUGUGCCCCCUUACAUCGGCCCUGACACACCCGCUCUGCGCCAGCUCAGCGAAUACGCUCGUCCCCACGUCAUGUCUCCCACCAACCGCAACCAUCCCUUCUUCGUCUCACUCAAUCCCGCAGACCCUCUCCUGGCCUACCACAUGCCAGGCCUGUACAACACAGACCCCUGCAUGCGUGAGCGUGAGCUGCGGGAGCGAGAGAUACGGGAAAGGGAGAUCCGCGAGAGGGAGAUGAGAAUGGAGAGGAUGAAGCCGGGCUUCGAGGUCAAACCUCCAGAAUUGGACAGCCUGCAUCCUUCCGCCAACCCCAUGGAGCACUUUGCCCGACACGGGCCCAUUGGUCUCCCGCACAUGGCUGGCCCACAUCCAUUCGCCUCCUUCCACCCGGGCCUGAAUCCACUGGAGCGGGAACGACUUGCUCUGGCCGGGCCGCAGCUACGGCCUGAGAUGACGUACCCCGAACGGUUGGCCGAGAGGCUACACGUCGAGAGGAUGGCCGUGGCUAACGACAACAUCGCACGGCUCCAGAUGUUCAACGUGACGCCACACCACCAUCAGCACUCGCACAUCCAUUCACACCUACACCUGCACCAACAGGACCCACUGCACCAAGGUGGUGGUGAAUGUCUUGUGUGUCCCCCAGGUUCUGGGGCACAUCCGCUAGUAGAUCCGCUGGCCGGCGGACCGCACCUUGCCCGGUUCCCCUACCCACCCGGAGCCAUCCCCAACCCCCUGAUCGGACAGCACCCACAUGAACACGAGAUGCUCCGGCACCCUGUGUUCGGCGCUCCAUAUCCCAGAGAUCUCCCAGGUGGACUCCCACCACCCAUGUCAGCGGCUCACCAGCUGCAGGCCAUGCAUGCACAGUCUGCAGAGCUACAGAGAUUGGCCAUGGAGCAGCAGUGGCUACACGGUCAUCACCACAUGCACGGAGGCCCUCUGCCAGGACAGGAGGACUAUUACAGCCGGUUGAAGAAGGAAAGUGACAAGCAGCUGUGAUGUACCGAGGACUCCCAGAGCAUCAGCAGGACACAGGAGGUCACAGCAGAACAGUCACACACGGGAACUCCUAGGAACGUUUUCAGUUCGGUGGAGUGACGGGGAUUGUCUGAGGAACCUUCUUUCUGUUGUCAGCUUUCUUCACUAUUCCGGACUUUUUUUUAAGACAUUGUUUU